AUAUGAUUGGAUAUUUGGGUAAAUACAGGUGGAAAGAAGACACUGAAAGUAUCAAAGCCUAAACGGCAGGACACGCUGGAGAGUACGUGGAAGACAAUAACAGAAGGGCGAGCAAUGCCGUUGACGAGGCACUUGAGGAAAUCUGACACGUGGGAGACACACGGUGGUCGCAACAACCCGGCUCUAACCCCACCACAGCAGAAGAUGAAGAAAUCCGAGACUUUCAAUGACCAUAACACCCCCAACUCGCCGCUGCUGACUCCGUCACCUGGUUCGGGCAAACUUAAGAAAGAGCCGUCGCUGAGUCAGGACGAGCUCAACAGGCGAGUUGAAGCUUUCAUUAAGAAGUUUAAUGAGGAUAUGAGGUUGCAGAGGCAGCAGUCGUUGCAACAGUACACAGAGAUGAUCAAUCGAGGUGCUCAUUAGCUAUUUCAGAUGCUGUUUUUUUGCACAUAAACGGAGAGAAACUCUCUCUUUCCCCAUGUUUAAUGGCAAUAGCGAAAAGUAAUCUUUUAUUUCAUUUGGACAUUAUGGAAUUUGAUGGCUUUGACAUA